GGUAUUGUGGGCACCUGCCCUUCCACUAGCUCAGUGGAGGCAAGAGACAACAGGCUAGCUCUAGCAGCAUUGGUGAAGCAUUGUUAGGAAAGUGAGCAUCCAACCAAACGAUGGGAAAUAAGAAGAGCGGGAUGAUCUCCAAGGAAAUCCUUGAUGAUCUGAAAUCAAACACAAAGUUUAGCGAGGACGAGCUGGUCAAAUGGUAUGAAGCCUUCAAAAAACAGUGCCCCGACGGGCGCAUAGGUAAAGCUGACUUUGAGAAGAUCUACUCCACUUUCUUCCCCAACUCUGACCCCAAGGUCUAUGCUCGGCAUGUCUUCCGAAGUUUUGACACCAAUGAUGAUGGGACUCUUGACUUCCGGGAGUACAUCAUCGCACUGCAUCUGACCUCAUCUGGCAAGACUGACCUUAAGCUGGAAUGGGCUUUCUCGCUUUUCGAUGUAGACCGCAGUGGAGAGAUCAGCAAGAAUGAAGUUCUCGAGAUCAUUGCCGCAAUAUUUAAGAUGAUUCCUCCAGAAGAACAGAAAGCCCUGCCUGACGAUGAAAACACCCCCCAGAAACGGGCUGACAAGCUGUGGGCAUUUUUUGGCAAGGGAGAUGCUGACAAAAUUGCUGAAAAGGAGUUCAUUGAGGGAGUGAUGAAGAAUCAUGCAAUAAUGGCCCUCAUCCAGUAUACCCCCAAGGAAAAUAAAUAAGGGCUUCCAAUGUGGACAGGAAGCAAAAAGGCAGGGAUGUGAAAAAGCAGCACGUGAUGAACAGGCAGGGGGAAUUCAGUAUAUGUCUCUAUUUGUGUAUCAUAUGAAAGACAAAAUACAAUUCCAAAAUAGUGUUCCUUUUUUUCUCUCCUAGUACCAUUACUUGUUCUGUUAGCAAUAGCAGUCAACCCAUAUUUAAUCUUGCGGUUUUAUAGAAUUCUUCAAAGAAGGAUGGAAAGCAGUUUUGGAAACUGUGACCCUGAGUUGUAUUAUUUGUAGAAAGAAAGAAAGAAAAAUAGCAAUAUGAUAAACUGCAGGACUGAGAUCUCUUCAUUCCAGAAAUCACCUGAAAAGUCCAGUAUCUGUGAGGUCCUUAGUGCUCUUCUCGCAGACAUUUCAUUACCAAACUAGGUAAUAUCAUCAAUGAUAAAAGAGAGUGGGGUUAGCAAAUGUUCAACCGUGAGUUACAAAUAUUCUUUUCUAUUUUAGUCCACUAUCUGCUAACCUAUUUUAAAACUCAAAUACAGCAAUUGGAACACUUCUCUUCUCUAAUACAUAAAUAGUAUUUAUAAGCUAAAGAUCCCAGGUCUUAACAUACGGGUGCUCCAUUCUCCAUUUCUUGUGACUUCAGAGCCCAUACUUAUCAAUGAAGUCCUCAGCUGCCAUUUUUCAAACAGCAAAAAUAAAAGAAUAAAGGAACAUCAUAUUGGAGGGUUCUUGGUGUCUCGUCAAUUAAUUAUUCCCAAGAUCUUUUAUAGGGAAAGAAUGUCAGUGGAAAUCAUAUACUCAACUUACAACAAUUCAUUUAGCAAGUAUUCAGUUUCAAUGGCACUGAAAAAAGUGGUUUGACAGGUCCUUGCACUUACAACCAUCAUAGCAUCCCCAUGAUCAUGUGAUCAAAAUUCAGGCACACAUGGUGACCAGCAUGUACUUAGGACAGCUGCAAUGUCUUGAGGUCACGUGAUCACUAUUUGAGACCUUCUCAGCUGCAAAAUCAAUGAGGUUAACCAGAUUCUCUUAAUGACUGUGAUUAAUUGCAGUGAUUCACAACUGUAGCAAAAAAAGGGUCACAAAAUCGAGCAAUACUACCUUCAGUAUCAUUUUACUUAGCAAUGGAAAUUCUGGCACUACAAUUCAGUUGUGGUGAUUAAGUCAAGAACUACCUGUAAAACCAGAUCACAUUGAUCCCAACUUAAAGAUGCUGACAGCUAAGUUGCAAAAUAUGUUUCCUCAAAAGUAAGUAGCAUUCAGACCAAUGGGACUCACCUGUUACUAAUUCCUGAUAUAUUUCUUUUGAUCGAUAUUUCUGCACAUGUGAAAGAUUUAUCGGCAUAAGCAACCUUCUCUACCAAAGAUUAAUUUUCUUUUCG